AUGUCUGCCGCACCCACGACCGCUACGCCCCCUGUUGCGUUCAACCGCCUUAAGCAGAUCGCUACCGAUGCUUGCCAAUCAGCAAUUGGAUCUGCGGAAUUCUACGACCAUGCGAAGACCGAGCAAUGGAAUAGUGCAAUCAUUUCCUCCGUCCUGAAGGCUGUCAUCUCCGAGUCCACUCCCCAAGGCGGAUCAGCCCCUGCCUAUAAAUUCGCUUGCAACUCUACGAUCGUUCAGCACCUCGUUCCUACUUCUUCCCUGAACAAGUCCAAGGGCACCACCGCCAACUCCGAGGAGCCGCACAUCUCCACGAGCGCCGAGACUACCGGUACCGACGGCAAGCCUCACGUCGGACGCCGCGGCAUGCACAGCGCCACGGGUGCCUACUGGGAUGAAAAGAAGGACGGCAUGUGGUCCUAUAAGUACGACGGCGGCGAGGGCAAGGGCAUGGAUGUCGUCAUCAUGCUCAUCUGGGUCGCUAUCUAA